ACCCGAAUUAACAUUUUAAAAUGUUCGUAAAAUUUUGUUUCGUUUUCUGCCUGUUCUCAGUUUUUCAAACCAUCUGUGCAGCUAGCCCUAUCGGUUAUGUAAACAACAAAACAGUGCAUGCAGCUCUGGAACUGUUCUUCCCUACGGCACCAGACACGUGCCGGGAUGUGGUCAGUUCUUCACCCAGACCAGUGGUCAUCCUGUCAAGUGGACUUGAGGUGAUGUGUGACACACAGACAGACGGGGGAGGAUGGACGGUGAUACAGAGAAGAUUCAACGGACAAACAGAUUUCUAUCGGGGGUGGGAGGAAUACAAGUAUGGGUUCGGAGAUGUGGAUGUCGGAGAAUUUUGGUUGGGCAACGAGAACAUUCAUCGUCUGACCUCACAAAGAAGAUACGAGCUAAGGGUCGAUUUUAAAUUUAACAACACGGACUACUUCGCUAAAUAUUCCAGGUUUCGUGUAUAUGGAGAAUCGGAAGGUUAUAGGCUAAAGGUCAGCGGUUACUCAGGUAACGCCGGGGAUUCUCUGAUAAGCACACACAACGAUCAGAAGUUCAGCACGUUUGAUAAAGAUAACGAUGCUGGUCCUGGAAACUGCGCGGUAGAUAAUCAAGGCGCCUGGUGGUACAAAUAUUGUCACAAGUCCAAUUUGAAUGGACUUUGGGGAAGUACCAUACGCGCCAGCGGUGUAAUCUGGUGGGAUACAACCACAUUAGCAUCAGCAUCCUUUACUGAAAUAAAAAUAAGACCGGUUUAGCAAUUUAAUUAUUUAUUUAUUAUUUGUCAAUAAAUAACCACCAGUUGA